AUGAAUGUCACGGACAGCAGCGGCCCAUUGGCGGCGAUCGGAAGCGAGCUCAUCGCAAAUGUUAAUCCAUUGUUUGCUCUAUUGUCGCAAGCUGUAAAUGGUGACGAGGCCCAUAUGUUCGACUUCCGACUUGACAGUGAUGACGCAGGUCUUCAGUUGACCGCCAUGUCGGACAAUGUCCUGCGUGUCGACCGGGUGUUAAAGAGGCUUGGCCAAGAAAAGGCGAAGGAAGAGCGACCCAAUUUGCCCCGUAAUCUGCCCUCAGCCGCUUUCAUAAAGAACUACCUCAGGUAG